CCUUAAAUUUUCCGGAUACUUUUGCAUUAAUAACCUCUGAUGAUGUUCGUGUUAUACGUGGAAUAACUAAGUGAUUUCGACAUGUAGUGGCGGUUUUCGGCAGACAGUAUAUUCGCGGAUCAAAAAGGUUUUUUCUGUGUGUUCUUGAGAAUGAAUUCUUCACGUACUUAGUGAGCUCAACAUCGUUCGGCCAUGCUGAUAAGGUGGAAGAAUAAGGAUAAGGACAAGGAGAAAAGUGAUAAGAAUGCAAAUCAAAAACAAAGUUCCGGUUCGAAGAAGAAACGGAAAAUUGGAAGAGAUGGGGAGGAAGAAUGGAAUUCAGACAGCAAAUCCGGAAGAGGAUUCAGUAGCGAUGGAGGUCGAAGUGAUAAUGAAGGUGAGGUGAGAGGAAGAACUCGUAGCAACAGGAGGGACGAUCCUCGACGUCAUACCUUGGGUGGGGACCAACAAUAUUUUGGAAUGUCCGUCCAGGGUGGUCCACUCUCGAGAACCAUGGAUCUUGAGGGUCAACCCUGCGGAUAUGGAAAAUCCUCCAACGCCAUGCUCUUCGACGAUGAUCCUGGGAUAAUGUCGGAAGUGGAGACAAGUUCCACGGGUUUCAGGAGAGGAGGAAAACAGAGAAGUUCGUUGCCAGUUGUUCGAACACCUAGCAAAACCUUAGAAAGGCCGUUAGCUGAGUCACUUCAACAUCAUGACCCACGAUAUCCAUGUCUACUGAAUAUGCAGGGCCUGGUAUUUCUCCAAUAUCGGAACGAGACGAAACGGGCGCUUCUACCUAACGAAAUCACCUCCAUCGAUACCGUGAAGGCCCUGUUCGUGAGGUCCUUUCCCAAGCAGCUAACGAUGGAAUAUUUGGAUUCGCCAAACGUUAAAAUUUACAUCCACGAUUCUUCCAAGGAUAUGUUCUACGAGCUGGAGGAUUUACGGUCCCAUUUACGUGAAAUACGCGACCGAUCAGUGUUGCGCUUGUUCGAAUCAGCUGACGUAUCGGGUGGUUUACCCAUGGCGGGUAUCGGAAUAGCCGGUGGGGUCGGCCAUUUUGAGGAUCCAAGCUACUUCUCCGAACCGGAAUUCGACUCGGAAUAUCAGCACCAACACAUACACAAAAGCAAGGGUAGUUCGAGCAAAGCUCCAUAUUACAUGGGAUCGACUACGAGUUUACCUAGGGGUGCUUCGUUACUUCGGACAUAUACACCUGGGCCUAUACCGGCAGAUCGGUUGAAACCCCUUCCCACAGGUGCUCCCCCAAAACCUCAACGUGCCUAUGCAACUGGUCCACCACGACCGUCUGAUUGUCAACCUAGACCUGCUGAUCGGUUCACUCCCUUUCAAAGGCCUGCUAAUCCACUUUAUACCGUUCCAGAUGGUUAUAUGUCGUCUCCUGAGAGAGGUUCGAGAUAUGAGGAUCCUUAUUAUAGUCAAUAUGGAACAAGAUCAGGGUCAAUAACACCGGUUAUAGAUGAAGAAGUUAGCGAUACGGAACUUCUUGAAGAUUCAUACUCUUUAUAUGGAGUUAAGCUUCCACCUGGACCAGGCAGUACAAGACCACCUCCAAGGAUACCAUUUGUUUCACCUGCCACAACUCCUGCUUAUGAUGCCACCAGGAUACGUGUUGAAAAUAUGGAGAGACAGUUAGCCAACUUGACCGGGCUGGUACAGAAAGCACUGACCCAACCUGCUUCCCAUCUUACAGUUCCUGGAAGAGAUGGCUAUAGAGAAUCAGAUGAGUUCGAUAAGAGUUCCAGUGCUAGCUCAACAUCCUUACCAGAUGACACGUUUCUACGCUCUGACAGCAAAGCACCCAAAUUGGGUAAAAGCGGCUGUCAUAAAUCGGUUUCUUUCGAAAAAUCGGUGUCGUUCAGUGAUGAGCCCCCUGAUAUGAAUUCUCCGAAACAGCACAGUCCGCAACAUGCAGCGGAUUCUAAGCCUACUAAGCCUGCAAUCAAAUCUUCAACUCUGCCACGGAUGUCUUCACAGGAUCGUGAUGCCAGAUUGAAACCAGCUCCUCCGCCUAAACCGUCUGCUCUAUCGCCAGGAUACGAGAGUCGAAAUAUCUACAGGGACCUCCAGUUGACACCGGAAAUGUACAAUCAGUUGCGCACUUUGCAGAAGAAAGCGAAAGAUCUGAGAGCCGAAGUACGGAAUCUGAGGAGAAUGUCCCAGGCUCAAGCUCACACAGUGAGAGAAACCAUCCGGGACACUUUCAUUAAAAUAAGGGCCAUGCUGAUGGCCGGUGGGGAUCAAAUAUGGCAAGCCGGGACAGACCAGGAAAGGAUACGAUUAUCUAGGGAAGAAGAUUUGUACAAACAGGAGAUGCUCAGGCUAGAAAAGGACUUAACGGAUCUUGAAUCAACAGUCGAAGAACUCAGAGGAAACGUUAUCAAUCGGAAGACGCGGGUGAACAUGUCUGAUGUCGAAAAUAUGGCUCUUGUCUUGAGCAAAAGUUCGAAAACAGUGGCUGAUUUGAAACUUCGAUUCCCGAACCUUCAAGACACUAUGAAGAGUUUCCUGAAUUCCGAAAUGGACAAAAUGGUUAGGGAAGAAAAGUUCUUGAAGGAGGAGCCUGAACGAUUGGAAAGUGCACUACGUCGCUGUAAAAAGUUGACUGGUACAUUGGUCACGCUGAAAAGGCUUGCGAGUGUUCAAGAACAAAGGUUACCAUCUUCGAAUUCGACAGGAGAUGGUCGCUUAUCUCCCACCGUUUCUGAAACUCCUCCAAUCACCCCAAGCUCAGCCACGCAGAGCAAGCUCCCUUCCUGUUCACGCUUGGGGUCGAUCAGUUCAGGAGGAGACAGCAGCUCCGACUGUUCCCAGCGUCCAGAGAACGCACUCGACGCUCUGCUAGACGAACUACAAACGUUCUCAAAGCCCCCUACCCUGACGAGCACCCAAAUACCUCAAGACGUUAACCCCCCCGCAAUACCCGUUAAAGGUAUCCCACCUAGCAGCCACCAUCCGCACGUAUCUGAGAUAGGAAGAAAAGGUAGCAUUGAUUCGUCGACCUUACUAAGCACACAGAACCUAACAGUGAGCACAGCCACCGGUAGCUUAAGACGUUUACAUUCAUAUCCAAGUGGAUCGGACACAGACAAUAGUCCACCAAUACAACCCAUCCAACGAGACUUAACGAAGAAUAAGCCUCCUUUACCAGAGAGAAAUUCCGACCUCAGCCAGCAGAUCGCCGGGAAGCGAGUACCCCCUCCUCCACCCCCAAGAACGAGCUCAAAGAGUCCCUUGAACUCUCCCACGUCACCGAAUCUACCCCCCAGAUCUCCAGCCGCAGGUCUUCAGCACAUCCAAAAUGUACAGAAUAUGGUGGACAAGCCCUACCAAUCGCAGUUUGAACAAGCAACGCAAAGCCUCGGUUUAUCCACUCUUCGAAGGAACAUAGCGAGUCGAGGUAUCCUAAAGGAGAAGGCUCAAACUUUACCCAGGAACAUUGGUUCGAAUCUUCAAACUCUGCAAGUAUCCGAUAGCGAUGCAAUCUCUGCGAGUAACAGUAGUAGUUGUGAAAGCGUCAAUUCCCAGGAUGGCUCUAAGAAAACCAGAAAAGAGGAGUUGGAACAACGUCACCAGGAACUCCUCAGGAAACAGAAGGCUCUGCAGGAGCAGUACGCGAGGUUGCAACAGCUACAGAGAAGUAACAAUACAGCAGUGGUACCACCACCCCCUGAUACACUCCUGAAAAAAACAGGAAGCGAAUCUAACCUGCUUCAAAAAAUGGGACUACAUCUUACCACCUCUCAAAUGACUGGAUCCCUCACGAAUUUACCGAAUACGAUGGCGAAUGUCUCCACAAAAACUGCUUCGAAAAAUACGAAUAGUAACUCGAAAAAUAGUGAAGAUUCAAAAACAGAUAACUCUAGUACUACUAACAAGGUUUACGAAACUGAAAUACUGUGACCUUUCACAAACGACGGACAUUUUCGAUUUGUAUGUUAAAUAUACGAGGCACUUUCAACUCAUAUCACAAUUACAUUUUUUGUUUUUGUGCUGAUUGAAUGUUAGAUGUAUUCCAUUAUUUGCACCAUACGGUCAUAUGGCUAUAUUACUUGUAAACACCGAAUAUGAUAAUUCGAAAUUAUCCAUCAUGAAGUUUUGUCGGUAAAUUCACUAAUGAACCCUUCAAAUUAUGCGAGCAUUUCCCAAUGGAGCACCAAUUUCAGAAUAAUUACCACAUACCCUUAUUGUUUCAGAAAAAUAUAAAAUUAAUUCAGAGUUUAAGACUCAAGUUAUAAAAACCAACUUUCUAACGAGAACAUUCGAAGGUCUGUAUGCAAUAUUUCAUUAGGUAGAAACUGCAAUUUUCUUGAAGUGUGGAAUUAGUGCUCUAUUGUUGAAGAAAUAAAGAAUUUUUUACACAAUAUCUAAAACUAUUAUAUCUUUUAGAAUGAGGGUAAAAUGUUAUCACUUAUCUCUGUGUUAUCGAUUUCAUAAACUAGGUGCAAUUCAUUAGCACAAGCAUUUUACGCACUCUUCGACAAUUUGUUCAAUUCAUAAUGUAAAAUUGUUAAUGUUUUCUACUUACAUUUUGUGAAUAACAGUUAUUGAGCGAAUUUUGUUGAUAGUUGGUUGACUCAACUAUAUUUAAGCUUCAUAGAGAAUACCCAACUGCUGGGUGACUAUCUCAAAUUAACCCAAUAGAAGAAAAGCAAUUAUUCGAUUCUCAAAACAGAAUCGAAAGAACUGAAUAUCAAAUAUUCAAGCUAUUGGGGGAAAAUACUGCUAGCAAUUCCCUGCUUUCUUGAAACCACCUUUUUGAUCAUCCAUUGCGAAUUUAGCUCAGUGUUCAUUUCAAAUUUUCUUAAUUAUUAGCUACAUAGAUCUCUCCUACUGCCUCAUUAUCCAAUUUCCACGAUUUCAGCUCAUAUCGUUGAUCGAAUUAAUUUAACCUAUGAGGCAGCAGGACAACAAAUCAUACAUCUUUCUCCUACCCUGCUUUAACUAAUACCAUAUGCUCAAUAUUUAAUAUUUUUCGGGAAAAAGCGGAUAAAAUAAAAACACUGAAACUGAAUUGCAUUGUAACGAUGAAUAUAGAUAGGUUUGUAUUUAUCGAAUAGGUUAUUGAUGUAAAUAACAUUAAAAAUGGUGGCUGCUAUUCAUUAGGUGCCAAUGUAAUAUUAUCGAAGAAUAAAUAUCGAAAUCA